AUGUGUCUCCGCGUUCGCUGCUACCGCCGGAAGUGGGGUGUGUUCGGUGAUAAAAAGUGAACCAAUUUGAAAGGGAUCACCGGAUACUGGAGGAGCCGGGGUGAUUGUGUGAGUUGGUGGUGUUCAGACGGGAGCUUGUUGACAGUAGCAUGUCGUCGUCUUCGGUGGAACGGAAAGCUUUCGCAGUUGAUAUCCUGCGGUCGUUGAAGCACGACGUGUGAAUCUGCUUCCGCUUUAUAACCAGCUUGAGCUGAACUCGGAUACCAGUAAUGCAUAACGUAACGGGCACUUCGAAACGGUGGUGAAGUCUCAAGGAUACAAACGCACACAUGGAGUGGAAGAACCACACCGAAAGUGGAAAACUGCAUUAUUGCAGGAUUUGAGAAAGGGUCGUGCGGUGAAUUAAUAAUUUAGCACCCGCCCGAUUGGGGGUAUCCGCGGGUAUUUGUCGAGUGACGGUGAUUAUCCAGUUUGUUUCCGUGGUUUUACCGAGUUGUUAUCGUUACCGAAAUUCUAUGCGGCGUAUGUGGGAAACCCAAUCAAUGUGAAAGUUGUUCUGGAUGUGUGGUUUUGGAGAAGCCGAACAAUGCGUUGAAGGGUCACAUCCACGACCAGAACAGUCUCAUCAAGGAUAAUCAAAUUAAAAUGCGACAAAUUGCGAUACCCGAAGCAUUAAUCAUGUGAAGCGUUAAAUCAAUAUCUAAUUAGGAGUGAAAACAAAAGCCGAGGAGAUAAAAAUUAAUAAUAAAUUGAGCUCAAUCAUAUCCGCGGCUCAAAUUUUGCCGAAUGGUGGUUUGCGGUGGCAGUGCAGUGCAAUUCGAAAAUCGGGAGGAGGAGGCGUCGUCAGUGAGUGAUUGUGCCCACCGGAGUGCACCUGAAAUGAAAAUAAUUAAAAAUUCAAAUUUUACGAGCAUCGUGCUGAAUAUUCAUGAUGAACCUGCGUCCAGCAAAUGCCCAUGGGACCAAUCGGUGUUCCAGCUGUGGUUAAGUGCACCUGAUGGAUUAUCGUUAAAAAGCUCCCAACCACUUGAUGCAAUAGUAUUGUGGAAUUAUCGCUUUCCAUGCUGCUCGUGUAGCUUUCAUUAGUCCACCGCAUCGGGACGAAGGUGUGUGCAAAUGUGAGUGAAAGCUAUCCUAGAGGAAUGGACGAAAUUUCGCGCGGUUCCGUUUCCGGUCCAGGUCGUCAUAUCUCCCAAACGACGGUGUCGAGUGAAUGAAUGAUGAUGAUGAUGAUGACGCAACUGAAUUUCAGUCCUGGCGCCCAAUGGCUGGAACAGGAACGCGACAGUUGAAAUGAUUGAUGAAGCAAACUACGCUCUGUUGUGCAAAUAACGAAACAAAUAAUUAUAAAUUUAUGCUGAAAUUAAUUUGAUUGUGUCUGCGGAGCCUAUCGCUCUUUGCACCAUCGGCAAGUGCAAUUAGUGCCCGUCUAUAAUUCCCUUUCAACUCUGACUAUUCUGCUCUUAGUGCUCCCAACAAUCACAACUGUUGAAUAAGUGAUACUCAAACCUCGCAAAAUCUACGGUAGUGAUUGAAGAACGCAUUCCUCCCCCCAGUGAAGUAAAUCUCGGUGUUAUGCUCCAAAUGAAAAUGACCUCCCUCUGGAAUAGCAUUCGUUGGCGGUUCGUACUGCUUCAGGUGCUGAACCUACUUCAACUCUCGCAUGGAUACUUCGACCUGUUUCUCAACCACUCGGAAGUAAUAAAACUAAUGGGCAUCGAAGCGGAUCUGUUCUACGUACGGGAUGGGGCCAUUAACGACUACGCCAUCAGCUUCGUGGUUCCGAUGAAGACCGGCACUGACGAUUUGCAGUUCUCAUGGCAGAGCCGAACAUCGUAUCCGUUGGCCUACACGAUAUCGGUGCACCUGGACGACAACGAAGGUGCCCUGCAGCAUCCGGAGCUGAACAUUCCCAGCAGUGGUGCCAUUCCGAGGUCGGUUGAGACCUUCAAGAUCCACUUGGUGUGCAAUGGCAACGUGACAGCCGAGGUCCCAGUAGGGAUCCACCUACACGUCGAGGGACCACCGAAGCAAAACGAUACCAAAUUGAUUAUCAAACGAAAUAAAAUUUGCAUUAAAGGCAUCUAUCCGCCGCGACACCGUCUCCCGGCAGCGGAAAUUGCACCCCCACAGGGACCAGCCCUCCUCGGUGCCGUGGCUUGCGCUCUCGGUUUGGUGCUGGUCGUGGGACUCAUUGCCAGCGCGAUGUACGUGAGGGCCCGCAAACAGAUACGCCAGGAUUCGCUACACACCAGCUUCACCACUGCUGCUUAUGGCAGCCAUCAGAAUGUUUUCAUCCGUCUGGAUCCCCUGGGGCGGCCACCUAGUGCGAACAGUGGCUCCUAUGCCACGAUUGCCAGCCUCAACAAAUACCCCAUCAGUGAAUCGAAAAAAUCCUGGUUUCGCAGUACACCGUCCCCGUCACCGUACGCUACGGCUCUGCUCCCGUUGAACCACGCACAGAGUCAACAGAACGGAUUGGCCACCACGGAGUCCGUCUAUGCCAAACCGGAAUCGGUCUGUCCAUCCCGGGUGUCCUAUUACGCUUCAUCGCAACUUACUCAGGUGUACAGCCUAUCCACUCCAGCCCGAAGUAUCCAUAGCAAUAGUUCCAGCCCAAAAGAUAAGCUCCGACGAAUUGCCGUCUCGCCGGACACUAUCAUCUGCCAACAGUUGGCACAGGAGGGCACCUACGGAAGGAUCUUCUAUGGAGUGCUGCAUCAUCCGCUCGGGGAGACGAGGGACGUCCUAAUCAAAACUGUUGUCGACGGUGCCUCGCUCAGUCAAGUGGCCUAUCUUCUGUCGGAAGGAUCAACGCUGUGUGGGGUGUCCCAUCCCAACAUACUGUUCCCGGUGGCAGCUGUCACUGAGCUUUCAGGCCCACCGAAAGUUGCCUAUCCACUGGCAGCGAAAGGAAACCUCAAACUAUACCUUCAGAGCUGCCGUGAUAUCGGCAUGCAAAGCUCGGGCAUUUCGCUGAGUACCCGCCAGCUGGUGGAGUUUGGCCUGCAAGUGGCCCGUGGCAUCUCGCAUCUUCAUUCGCUGGGAGUCCUGCACAAGGAUAUCGCUACCAGAAACUGUGUGCUCGAUUCGGAGCAAAAUGUACGAGUCUGUGAUAACGCACUGUCGCGUGAUGUGUUCCCAAAUGAUUACCACUGCCUUGGCGACAACGAGAACCGCCCCAUCAAGUGGAUGGCGCUGGAAACGCUGGAGAAAAAGUUCUACACCGCCUCGAGCGACAUCUGGAGCCUUGGGGUGCUGCUGUGGGAACUGGCCACACUGGCGGCUAUGCCAUUUGAGGAGGUGGAUUCGUUUGAACUGGCCGCUUACCUCAGGGAUGGCUACCGGUUAGCCCAGCCCGUAAAUUGUCCGGAUGAAUUCUACACCGUGAUGUCCUGCUGUUGGUUGCAGGACUACAAGCAGCGUCCCUCGUUUCCGCAGCUAAUUGCCUACCUGCACGACUUCCACGAGGACCUGGGCAAGUACGUCUAGUGAAGUGGCGUGUCAAACGGUGAUUUCCCCGUCGCUGGAACCCUCCACCCUUGGAAAGCUGGCGACCUGAUGGGAUGCGGCCAAACGACGUCCUUACCCUACUACUUUUGAUAUGAUUGAAGGUGCUUUCUCGGAAACGUCACACGAUCGUUACCUAUAUAGGAUGUAAUACAGAGUGCAUUAGACGUUGUGUAAGUGAAGCUGGGUGUAGUCAAUGACAGGCAGCAAAGUGCAACGCGACUCCAGGAUCCAGCUCCCGAUUGGUGGAAUGGGGCAUAUGCUACGCGAAGGAUCCGAAACGUGCAAUAAAUUAUGACCGGAAACUUACAAAAAAGAGUGCGAGCGAAAAACGUUGAAUCAAGAGAAGAUUUCAGAUAGAUUUAUCGGUUAACUUUUGUAUUGAAGAUUGGCGCAUCGAUCACGAAAGAUUUACCGUAGAUAAAUUACUAGGGAAACAAGUUCAAACCUGUGCUAGGAGCAAUGACUGCCAAUUAUUAUUGCUAACGAAGUGUAAGAGAAGUGUGUAGUUUAUCAAAUGGUGUUGAAAUAUUUCACAUGUUAUUCGAAACUCGUGCCAGAUAAAAGUCUGUUGCUGUAAUAUGUUGUCGUCAUGUUUAUCCUCUGUGGCUAUCUGAUAUUCAUUGUGCUUUACAGAA